AUGUCUAACUCGGGCAACGCCGGAUCAAAGAAGAUGAUCACUCUCAAGAGUGACGACGGCGAAACCUUUGAGGUUUCCGAGGCGGUGGCACUUAAAUCUCAGACGAUCAAGCACAUAAUCGAGGAUGAUUGUGCCGACAACGUAAUCCCUGUUCCUAAUGUCACUGGCAAGAUAUUGGCGAAGGUGAUUGAAUACUGUAAGAAGCAUGUCGAGGCGACGAGUUCUGAUGAAAAAGUUUCAGAGGAUGAUCUUAAGAACUGGGAUGCUGAUUUCGCGAAGGAGGUUGAUCAGCAAACGCUUUUCCAAAUCCUCCUUGCAGCAAACUAUUUGAAUAUCAAGAACUUGUUGGAUCUCUGCUGCCAGACUGUGGCUGACGAUAUCAAAGAUAAGAAACCAGAGGAAAUUCGCGAGAUAUUUAGCGUCGAGAAUGAUUUCAAUCCGGAGGAAGAAGCAAAAGUUCGAAACGAAAACGCAUGGGCAUUUGAGUGA